GGUGCGCGGUGGUUGCGCAUGCGCACGGGCAGGGUCGCCCCUUCCGCCCCGUCUGUCACCUCCCGGCUGGUGCCGCCGCACCCGCCACCGGCACCGGCGCCGCCUGUUCCCCCGCUCUGCCGCUUCCCGGAGGGAAGGGCCGUUCCACCUUGCCUGCAGGGGCUCCGGUUGCCGCCCGGCGGCCGCGCCCGCGCCCCAAUGGAGGAGCCACUGGCGCUGCACCCCGUGAAGCUCUAUGUGUACGACCUGUCCAAGGGCAUGGCCCGGCGCCUCAGCCCCCUCAUGCUGGGGAAACAGCUGGAUGGCAUCUGGCACACCUCCAUAAUAGUCCAUAAGGAUGAAUUCUUCUAUGGCAGUGGAGGAAUUUCCAGCUGUGCACCUGGAGGGACACUUCUUGGCCCCCCGGACACAGUUGUUGACCUGGGGAACACUGAAGUCACUGAAGAAAUUUUUCUGGAGUAUCUUUCCUCUCUGGGGGAAUCUAUGUUCCGAGGAGAGUCUUAUAACCUCUUUGAACAUAACUGCAACACCUUCAGUAAUGAAGUGGCACAGUUUCUGACAGGAAGAAAAAUCCCUUCCUACAUCACUGACCUUCCAUCUGAAGUUCUUUCCACACCUUUUGGACAAGCUUUAAGGCCCCUCCUGGACUCCAUCCAGAUCCAGCCACCCGGAGGAAAUACCUUCAGCAGACAUAAUGGACAGAGCUAACAGGAGUGACCGAGUGUGCCCAGCCUCACCAGGCCUCUUCCUUUUUAAACAUGAAUCUACCAGAUUUCUAUUUUAUAAUUUCCCAUCAGAAUUAACUCUGGAGAAGUUGCAAGACAAGUUUUAAAAUUUCCUAGGGAGAGGAUUUAUCAGGGUGCAUGUAAGACAAUGCUACCAAAAAGAUUGCCAUAAUUUCUAAUAGCAUUUUACUAAUUUAUAAAGGCUGUCUUGUCGAGUAGGCUGAGACUUUCUACGUAACUCCUGUGCUGGUAAGUGAAAAUUCAUUCCGUGAGCAUUCAAGGGCCCAUCACACAAUUUGAAGUAAAUAAGGGGAUGUCCUAACCAUCCCUUGCAGACUUGCAUGCAUUUCUCCUCUCACUGCCUGUAUUAUGGGGGUCUCUGCUGAAGUCUGUAGCAAAAAAGGCAAAGGAAGUGUUGGUAGCCUAGGAAGUGAAGGUGUCCCAGGAUUAGUCUUCUGCGUAUUUCACUGACAUUGUUAUUUGCUCAAGGGAAAAGCUGAACUCAUCUGACUAGAACAUUUGCAGUGGCACAGCUGUGUGGGAAAGGUGAUGAAGCUGAACUAUGUGUCAGUGUCACACUCGAGUUGGAACUCAGUGGAACUUGCUGUGGUGGGAGGGAGGCUGGAACUGAAGGUUACCAAGAAGCUUGUAAUGCCAGAUCCAAGAGUUAUGGGAAAGAACCAGCUGAAAGAACAGAAUCUCAUGAGCGGAAGUGGUAGAAACAAAUUUCAGGUGAAAGUAAAGUGAAGUGAAAUGUUUCCUUUUCUCGCAUGUAAACUUAUCAACAGAUAGACAGAACCUUCUUAAUUAUUUACCUUUGCAUAAGAACUGUGUUUUCUUGGGUUUUUCUCCUUACUAAACCAGACUUACAGUACAGUAAGACAGGAAUAGCAUGGCAACUGCAUGAUAAUACAAGUUGGACCAAUUCUGCAUUCACUAUCGAGUUGCAGACACAGUAGGAGUUCCAACUUUCAUUGAUAUUGCUGCCCUUUCCAAAGCAGUCAGCGACAUCAGAGAAAGGAGACAUCUCUGCUUAAGAGAAAUAAAUGCUAGGUCUCCCCAAAUGUAAAGAAAAUGAAGAAGAGUAAAAUUAGGCUUUCCAUGGAGCAACUGAGUUUUUUGGGAAACACGCAGAAGCAGUCCUGUCCUUAGAUCGACCUUAGAUUGUAUCAAUACUACAUCUACUAGUUUAAGAUUUUUAUAGCUUUGCAAUUAUUUGCAGUGGGAGAAGAACAGGGGAAUGAAAGAAUAGGCACACUGGUUUCUUUUCAUGCAUGUAUUUAUACUAUUUUCCUGAACAAUUUUGUAGCAGUUACAUUUAGGAAGGAAUACCAGAAAGACAUCGAACAAACCCCAAACAUUGCUGAUGCUCCAGAAAUGGGGAUUGCACGUCCCAGAUGCUGCUGAAAAAGCAUAUAUGCAAAUGUACAGCCCUUUGUCCAGUGCUUUGUUGUGAAAAGUGUUGCUGCAAGUUCAGUCCUGCAUCUCAAACUUCCUGCACUGGAAACUUUAUGCAUACCUAAAGGAGGUGUCUUUCCUCUGCUGGGUUCUUUCUCCCAGAAUAAUGCAGUUUGAUAAGCUUGUCACAUUAUUUCUCUGUUUGGACUAUAAUGGUUUGUAUUUAUGAGGGGUUGGAAUAGAAGAAAACUGCAUUUUCAUCACUGUCAAAUACUCUGUUGCCCUGCAACUUGUGGAGCCACUGCACAGAUG